AUGUCUCUACAGCACAAUGACUCUUCUGUCGUGGCCGCCACUACGGGUUCCUCCCCUCCUUCUGUAGCAGCAGUGCGAACCUUCAAGCGUGCCGCCGUAGCGUGCAAGGCUUGUAACCUGCGCAAGACCCCGGGGCCAUCUUCGGGUACUCUAGAGAAUGAGGAGGCCGUCGAGUCGAGGGACGACCGGGUCACAUCCGCGCCGCCCGAAGAUCACCGGCGCACCACACCCCAGGUCAACGGCGGCCCGAGGUCGUCAACGUCCCCACGCGCAGCCGAGACACGAUCGGUCGGUGGCAGGCCAUCCGCGCCAACCACUCGGCCUUACGACGCCGUGCGGGCUCUGCUUCCUACCAAGGGUCAUCGGCCUCCGGAUCCAUCCGAUGCCACUGAGGACAGCUCCGCGUAUGCAGAGACGUUGGAGGGUGGUAAGAGUCGCGAGGAUGGAUGUGUCCCGUUCUACCCAGGAGAUCAACGUGGCCCUGCCUUCUUGAUCGACAUCUGUGAACCUAAUAGGUCAUCCAAAGACAACCAUUUCCUAGUGCCGAUGCCAUCCAUUAAGGCCCUUUCGCCCGAAGAUGUCAAUUAUCUCAGGAUGAAAGGCGCUUUCACGCUUCCUCCGCCCCAUGUUCGCGAGGCGAUGAUCCGAUGCUACUUUCACUAUGUACACCCAUUUGCACCAAUCCUGGAUGCCAGCGAGUUCAUCACCGAGUAUGAGAAGGGAAGGAAAAGUCUAUUGCUGCUCUGGAGCAUGUUCAUCGCGGCCGCGAGCGCUCUAUACGAUGCAGAUUAUGAAAAGGACAAGGUGACACUCAUCCAGUCAGUCUUCCUGAUGGGUCACUGGUACACCAGCACAGACGACAGAGCCGGGCCCUGGCACUGGAACGGCAUCGCCAUCAGCCUCUCCCACACGAUUGGUCUUCACCGCCUGCACAUGCCCGCGAACCAACAGGCAUCGCAAGGGACUAAACCGUUCUGGAGACGUCUCUGGUGGUCUCUAUACUCGCGAGAGGUGUGGCUUUCUCUGGGACUCGGCAGGCCGAUGCGGAUAGCCCUCGAUGACUUUGAUACGUCUAUGCCGGCCGCCGGCGAUGCUGACGUCCUGGCACCCGAGGUCAAGGGUCAACUUGGUCGGAAGUAUCUUCCUGAAGAGAUGCAGUUCCUCUUUGAAACCUGGCUGGCGUUUAUCGGGUUGAGUGUCGCCCUUAGUAAUGUUCUUGCAACGAAUUAUCGCGCCAAAGGGGUCAAGCCGUCGAGGAUGGAGAUUGAGCAAAGCGAAAACCAGAUUAGAAGUUUCCAGUACAGAGUGCCUGAAGCCGGAAAUCACAGUCGAGUUGUCGCAUCUCAUAUCUACCAGUUCAAGCUAUACUUUGAGUAA